AAUACUCGUUAGAAAAAGUCUAAUCUCUCUUGUUAUAUUUAGCCUCGAUUUACUACUGGUCAUUUGUACAUUUCUCACCUUCCUCAGUUUCUCUCUCCUCCCUCACACUCUCCUCGGAGUUAGCUGCAAUGGAGCUUCGGAGUCGAAACCCUACCGCUUUCUGUCUCCUCCUACUACUCUCUCUCUUUGCUAUCGCUUCUGCUAAAGUGUUCUUUGAGGAACGCUUCGAAGAUGGAUGGGAGAAUCGUUGGGUUAAAUCUGACUGGAAGAAGGACGAGAACAUGGCAGGAGAGUGGAACUACACCUCCGGCAAAUGGAAUGGAGAUGCAAAUGACAAAGGUAUCCAGACUAGCGAGGACUACAGAUUUUACGCUAUCUCUGCUGAAUUCCCAGAAUUCAGCAACAAGGACAAAAACCUAGUUUUCCAGUUCUCUGUUAAGCAUGAACAGAAGCUUGAUUGUGGAGGUGGUUACAUGAAGCUACUCAGUGGUGAUGUUGACCAGAAGAAAUUUGGUGGGGAUACUCCAUACAGCAUUAUGUUUGGUCCAGAUAUCUGUGGAUACAGUACUAAAAAAGUCCAUGCCAUUCUUAACCACAAUGGAGAAAACCACUUGAUCAAGAAGGAUGUCCCUUGUGAGACUGACCAGUUGAGCCACGUCUACACUUUCAUUCUUCGCCCAGAUGCUACCUACAGCAUUCUUAUCGACAAUGAGGAGAAACAAACUGGUAGUCUAUACGAUGACUGGGAUCUCCUUCCUCCUAAGAAAAUCAAGGAUCCUGAAGCUAAAAAGCCUGAGGAUUGGGAUGACAAGGAGUACAUUUCCGACCCCGAAGACAAGAAACCAGAGGGUUAUGAUGACAUCCCAGCCGAAAUUCCCGAUGUUGAUGCCAAGAAGCCAGAGGACUGGGAUGAUGAGGAAGAUGGUGAGUGGACCGCCCCGACCAUUCCAAACCCUGAGUACAAGGGUCCAUGGAAGGCAAAGAAAAUCAAGAACCCCAACUACAAGGGCAAGUGGAAGACACCCAUGAUUGACAACCCAGAUUUUAAGGAUAACCCAGAACUCUAUGUUUACCCCAGCCUCAAAUAUGUCGGUGUUGAGUUGUGGCAGGUGAAGUCUGGCACACUCUUUGACAAUGUCUUGGUCUGUGAUGAUCCCGAGUAUGCCAAGCAGCUGGCUGAAGAAACAUGGGGCAAACAAAAGGAUGCUGAAAAGUCUGCCUUUGAGGAGGCAGAGAAGAAGAGAGAGGAGGAGGAAACCAAGGACAAUCCCGUUGAAUCUGAUGCCGAGGAUGAAGAUGAAGCUGAUGCUGACGACUCUGACGCCGAUGCUGAUAAAUCAGAUGACAAGGAUGAGGACCAACAUGAUGAACUUUGAGGACGGGAGCAAUAUGAAGUCUUUAGAUGAGAAUUCUUAUUCAGCCUCAUUGUUCACUAGCAAUUUUCUCAUGUCAAUUUUUAGCAUAGGUUUUUGGUAAUAGGUUAAAAAAGACACCAAAGUGAAAAAGCCUGUAUGACAGAUUGGUUUAUCUCAAUAUUAGGCUUGUUUGGUGGAUAAUAGCAGAAGGCCAACAAAAUUCCCAGCUUUUCCUUUAACAAUUUAAACAUUAUAUAGAGAUUCUGGAAUGGCAAUUGAGCUGAGUUACGACUA